UUCUCCAACCAUUUAAAUACAUUAAGAAUAGUAGGUUACUGUCUUAUUAAUUAAAUACAACUCAGGCGCGCCAAGAAAAAUAUACAUGUGGAGUAUAGACUGAAAAUAGUUUCCAAUCAUUUGCAUACAAUGUUAAUUACACAAAUCUAGUGGACUUCAUGUUGUUAUAUUUUUAUGCUUUAUGAGACGACAUUACCCCAUUGUCGCUAUCAGAGUUUUAGUGUCCAUUAAUUGUUUAUGUAUGAUAAAAGAGUUCCGCUGAAGUCGUUGAUAUGGUGCGUCAUGGAUUGUUUAGUUACCUUAAUUUCAUUGAGGCACUCCUCAAACUAAUUCCGAUAUUAUGUUGCUAGGUUACAUUCUUUUCUAUGAUUUCGACGGAUUUUCUUGUGGAAUCUUUCUUACUUGAUCCAACUUUAACGUGUAAAAAUGAAUCUGUCGUAGGAAUUAUUAUACACUAAUACUUUUUACAUGAAUUAUGUUUUAUACGCAAAAGUUCCGAGGGACCAAAAAGUAUUGGCGAAGCGCUUGUUGUAGGCACAAAACAGGGCAUAAAACUGGUCGCCAACAUAAUCGGAAAUAUGAUUGUGGCGUUAUCUAUCAUUGAAUUUUUGGACAAAACUGUUGAAUGGUUUGGGAACAGAGUAAAUAUUCAUAUAAGUUUAAAGCUUAUGCUGUCAUAUGUGUCUUACCCAUUCGUAUAUAUAAUGGGAGUUGAUGAAGAAGACUGUCUCCGUGCAGGGGAAAUGUUAGGAAUCCGAACACUCUCUGUAGCAGGGAUUCCAUAUCAGCAACUAGGAGAUCUUAUUGAAAACAGGAAAGUGUUAAUGGCCUAUAUGGCAAAAUUCAAUGAAACUAUCACAGACGACAGAGGCAAUGACAUUUUCUUACCACAGUGGAACCAAACAUUAACUGGAGGAGUAUUUUCGGAGAGUUCAGAAUUGAUUGUGUCAUAUGCAUUGUGUGGAUUCGCAUCUAUUCCGAUGAUUGGAAUGACCCUUGGCGCAUUGACCGUCAUCAUUCCUGACAGAGCACCGGAAGUAACGAAACUUUCCUUUAGAGCACUUGUAGCUGGGACUAUAGCGAGCUAUCUCACAGCAUGUGUGGCAGGUUUGGUAUCUUAGAAAAGAAUCACCGACCUCGCGUAAACCAGCUGAAGAAUUCAACGCGCAUCGGUGAGUGGUAAGUGAUUCGAAGUCAGCGACCUUAACCACUCGGCCAUGGAGACCCCUUCUAAUAUUAGUGAUCAAAUACUAGGUAGUACAAAAUAAAACAUAAUUUUAAAGGGACAAAUAUGUGGCACGAGUAUGCCACCAUACUCAUAAUAUAUAACAUAGACUAUUUUAUUUUACGGUAUUUGUGUAGCUUUCACUUUUGGUAAUUUUUACAAAUAUUUGAUAAGUAUUUCAUUAUGUUUAUUUUCUUGUAUUUUCUAAAUUACGCUGGCAGUGUUCUGUGCAAAGCAAAUCUUAAAAGAAGUUAAAGAUGUAAAUAAGCACAGGUAACCUAAAAUGACAAAUGAUACAAUAUACAUAUUUUAUUGACAUAUUAGUUGUAAGUUCAUAUGUUUUUAUAUGCAUAUAUAAACAUUAAAAUUUAACAGUUCUA